AUGGAGCGCAUUUUGCGUGGAAUAAUGCGUUAUCGCAAUACAACGCGUGAGCAAAUGGUGAAAGAAUUUCAGAAAGUUCGUGAUAACCCUGAGAAUGAAUUAGUAAGCGUAACGCAUGUGCAGGAGGAUCGCAAUGAAGAUUUGGGUGCCAAAGCCUUUCGUACCAUUUCACGUGGUUUGGGUAAAUUGUGGUUUAAACGCACACAUAGCGUAGAGAUCAGUUCACCAGAUCCAGAGUUUAAGGUGUCUUAUUUGGGCAACGUGCUUACUGGUUGGGCCAAAGGUGAAGGUUGUGUUGAGAAACAACUGAAUACACUUUGGCGAAACUAUACUCAAAACAAUAAACCAGAUGUUAUUAUGCGUAUUAAAGUUUGUGCUUCCGGCUUAAAAGCAACCACUAGACAACAUGGACUGACAGAAUAUUGGGCGAAUCGGAUUACACAUUGCUGUGCACCAAAAAAUUAUCCACGUGUAUUUUGUUGGGUAUAUCGGCACGAAGGACGCAAACUCAAGCAUGAAUUACGUUGUCAUGCAGUGCUAUGCAGCAAGGAGAAAGUUGUGCAAGAAUUAUGCAAUACUCUGAAGGAAAACUUAGAGAGCGCUCUACGUGAAUUUAAACGUGAAAAAAUUCUUAAGCAGAAUGCUCGUCUCAGUCUUGCUAAUGCAGCUUAUGAUAAUCCAAGUUUGCCGCGUCGCAAAAUACUUUUAAGUGUUGGUGGUAACAAUUAUCGGCCACCAUUGGAACGUUCCAAAUCUGCACCAAAGUUGAUGGCGAUUGAAGAAGCUAUUGGUGAGGAAGAUGGCGAUGAGAUUGAAGAGACAAAUGAACCGGAAAUGAAAUCAUGUUGUCAGAAGGAUUCGCUUUACCCAGCCAUGACAUUAGGGCGCCGUCGCUGUCGACGUGGACACUCUAUUAGACGCACAGGUAAAGUAAGAUCGACAUAUAAUGACUUGAUGGAACAUGAACAUGGCAGCGGUUGCUGUAAAAAUACCAAAGAAAUCAACACAUCAACUAUCACAAAUGCUAAUGCUAAUGCUAAUGCUAUAAGUACAACAAGUACAACAGUAAAUGAACAACGUCAUAGUUAUGGUUCAGAUGAGUCUGAUGAAUUUGACAAAUUGUUAAAAUACAAUAAUUAUGAUAGCAAUGCUUCUCUUACAAAUGAGUUGUUACCAUACUUUGACAUGCAGUUACACAAGAAUACAAGUGCUAGUCUGGGCAGUUUAACCGAAUUAAGAGACGAAACAGAACCAUUAAGCUUAUUGCCCACCAUAAACAGUGAUCCAUCCGCAGAUCCUGAGGGAGACUUUAAUCCAAAUGAUAACUCGAAUGAUUUGGUUGAACCAGAAAUCUUAGGAAUACGCCGUAAUGGUGUGUGCAGUGACGGUGAAGAAGAUUAUUUAGAUGCAGAUGAUAUGUACUUUAGGCAAGCCAGCAUACUGAAUAUGUUGCAUCGCAAUUCUAUGCGUAAAAUGACUAAUUUAUCAAUGAGCAGUGACGAAAGCAGCAUUGAAACAAAUGCAUCUGCACCUUUGCAAUAUCAUCAUCAAAUGCAAUCAUCUAUUUCAUCAAACGCCUCUUCGAUAACAACUAAUGCUUCCACUACGGAUAGUACAACACAACAAAAACCAUUUAAUCCAGACAGUGAUGAAGGUUCCAUAUCGAGUGGUUGCGAAACAGCGAGUAUAGCAACAGCAAAUCAAGAUGAUAUUUCCUUACAAUAUCAACAACAAUAUAAACAGUUAAUAUCGCAGCAUUCAGCUCCUGCAGCUUUACAGUAUGUCGAACAAUUGCAAGAGAAUAGUGUUCUCCAUGAAGAACCUAUAACGGUGGAAGAAAUAUACCAAAGGCUAGAAUCACGUUUAAAAGGCCGUAAUAAUAGUGAUGCUACUACGUUCAGUAGUUCAAGUUCUAUUACUCUGAAAUUAGGCAAUUCACCCACUGCAUCAAUGAAUGGUUUAGACAAUUUAAAUGGUGGAUUAAAUCGUACUCGGCGUAUACGACGACAACAGAAACCACAAAAUGAUAAUGACUCUGAUUCUGAAUGUAGUGAUGAAUCCGGUUAUGUUGAAUUUCAGGAAAAGGAAAAAGCUAUCAAAAGAGCUAUUGGAGCUGCAAAUGGUAAUGGUCAAACCAAACCACAGCCUCCACCAAAGCCAAUGCCUCGAAGAUUGCUGAGUGCUACACAAAAACAAACUAUAACUUCUGUUUAAAGUUAGUGUCAAUUAAGACAAUUACUAUUUUAUGCAAAUCCAAGAUGCAUUGGUUUGGAAUUUACCUGAAUUACUUUUGCGUGUUUGAUGAAUAUGUUAUCGAUAUAUUUCGAUAUAUGUGCGUUGAAUAUAUUCCAUGAGACUGUAGGAAAAAAUGAAUGACAUUACAUUGCAAAUUUGGAGGCAACUAUAUAAUACGAGUAUAUAUAAUAUGUAUAUGAAAUAUAAAUGCUAUUGUAAACUUAAUGGUCAGGUUAUAUUGUUCUAUUAUUACAUAUGAAAUUUAAAACUAAUUUAUUUUAAUAAUUAAAAUUUGUACAAAUUCC